ACAAUAUAAUUGUUUUAAUGCAGGAGCAAUCACGGACAAACAAGGCUGCUAGACAGAAGCAGCCUUACAAUCAUAGUAGCGGGUCCAAGUCGUUUCUACAACGACAGUAUGAGCUCGCUGAAAGAAGAGGACAGCCGGUCGAUAGUGUGGAAUUGUUCCGGGAAACACACGUUCGAGCUGGGACAUUCGUGUCGCAGGCCGCCGAGGAUGCGCAUAAUCAAAUGCUGGAACUCCAAUCCCAGCCUACCCCAGAGGGUAGUCAGUCACUCUCUGAGGAUGAGAUAUGCGAUCAGGUGUUGGGUAGACGACCAGGCUACUCAAAAGGCCUUGGUUGGGGACCCAAGCCGAAGGCCCGCAGAACGGCAAGUGCAAGCAGUUCGUCGACAUCUUGUUCGCAGUCCACACAAAAAGAGAUUGAAUUACAAGCUAAACUUCAUGAAGCUUUGGAAUGGAUUGAAGUACAAGAUAGAAAUCACUAAGCAUUAGCUUCACAAGUGGAAGCUAUGAAAAAGAUGAUUGAAGACCUAACUCGUGCACAACAGGGACCACUACAUGAUCCCUAGCUCUGCGGUACGUCGUAUAU